GUUUUCCUCUGCUUCUGAAAAGCAUACAUGAAAAUGGGAAGCUUGAGUACGAUUGUGAGACACCCGGAUGAGAUAUAUCCGCUCUUGAAGUUGAAAAUUGCGAUUACGAAAGCUCAGAAUCAGAUCCCACUUGAGCCACACUUAGCCUUCUGCUACUCAAUGCUCCAAAAAGUUUCUAAAAGCUUUUCUCUUGUUAUUCAACAACUUGCCACCGAGCUUCGUAACGCCGUGUGUGUGUUCUACUUGAUUCUCCGAGCUCUUGAUACUGUUGAGGAUGACACAAGCAUACCAGUGGAGAUCAAGGUUCCAAUUCUGAUUGCUUUCCACCGUCACAUAUUCGACCGUAACUGGCAUUUUUCAUGUGGCACAAAAGACUACAAGGUUCUAAUGGACCAAUUUCACCAUGUUUCUGCAGCAUUUCUGGAACUUGAAAAAGGGUAUCAAGAGGCUAUUGAAGAUAUAACUAAGAGAAUGGGUGCAGGAAUGGCCAAAUUCGUUUGCAAGGAGGUAGAAACGGUUGAUGAUUAUGAUGAAUACUGCCAUCAUGUUGCUGGACUUGUGGGUUUAGGUUUGUCAAAACUCUUCCUCGCUUCGGAACUAGAGAUAUUGACUCCGGAUUGGAAGCAGAUUUCAAAUUCUACAGGUUUAUUUCUGCAGAAAACAAAUAUUAUUAGAGAUUAUCUUGAGGACAUUAGUGAGAUACCACAAUCACGCAUGUUUUGGCCUCGUGAGAUUUGGGGAAAAUAUGUUGACAAGCUCGAGGACUUAAAAAAUGAGGAGAACUCAACAAAAGCAGUGCAAUGUUUGAAUGAGAUGGUCACUAAUGCAUUGAUUCAUGUUGAAGAUUCCUUGAAAACCAUUGCUUCGUUGAGAAAUCCUGCAAUAUUUCAGUCGUGUGCCAUCCCUCAGAUCGUGGCGAUUGGAACACUUGCAUUGUGCUAUAACAAUGUACAAGUAUUUAGAGGCGUUGUGAGAUUGAGGCGAGGUCUAAUAGCUAAAGUCUAUGAUCGCACAAAGACAAUGGAUGAUGUCUAUGGUGCAUUCUAUGAUUUUUCUUGCAUGCUAAAAGCAAAGGUUGACAAGAACGAUCCAAAUGCCAUUAAAACACUAAACCGACUCGAAACCAUCAAGAGAGUCUGCAGAGAAAAUGGAGUCUUUCACAAGAGGUUCAGAAAAUCAUAUGUUAACGAUGAAGCACAGUCAACGGUUCUCUUUAUUGUUAUGCUUGUGCUUCUACUGGCCACAUUAUUCUUUGCAUAUCUAAGGAAAGAAACCAAUGUAAGUGACUCUUAAAUGUAACACUUCAAGAUCUUGAAAUCAUGAUGAGCAUAAUUCCUAGGUUCUUCUGAAGGUUUUAUCAAUAUUUAUUUACGUCACUCUCUUUUGUCGUCUGAGUGUUUUUUUAGAACUGAUUGUUGCCUUAUUAAACAAUUGGUUUGCUGAAUCCAUAAGAUUUCUACUUAGUUACUGCUUUCGUUUUACUUAUGUU